AUGAAAAAAAUAAGUUCAAUAGGUAAUUAAUGUUCAUAUUAAGAAUUCAGUUGAUUAUCCUCCUUUUGAAUUUAAUGGGAAAAGAAUACCAAUCACUGCUUUAAUAUGUAAUGAACCUCUAAUGCAAAAGGAGAAAAAACAAAAUUCCAAUAUAAAUAUAUACACAAAUUAAUAUGGGAAAAAUAAAAAUAGAUCAAAAUCUACUCCUCCUUCUUUAAGAGAGUUAUUAACAGAUACAUAUAUUAUAACUUUGACAGAAAGAACAUUGCCUGCAAAAAAAAUUUCGAUUUUACUUCCAUUCAAAAAUGCAGUUGAAAAGAUAAGAUCAAAAAAUAGAGAAAUCAUUAAUCGAAGAAAAUCUUGUUAUGGAUCUUUAUUUGGAUAAAAUUAACAAAAAUAAAUGACAAAUUUUCCAACUACAAUUGAAAUGCAUAAGAAAAUUAAUGGAAAAGAAUUUGCACUCUCAAGCUUUGCUGAAUUAUUAAAAAAAAAUCAAAGAAAAAGUACUAAGCGUCCAAGUCUUGCUCGUAAACUCUCGAAAUAAAUGUCCUUAGUUGGUAAAGUUUAUAAAAGUAAUUUCAAGAAUAUGAUAAUAUGGAAAGACCUCCUUCUUGUAAAACCCCAAGAGAAUCUAAGAUUAUUUUAUUUAAAAAGAAGAAUUCAACAACUUAAAUAAAGGAAAAAUAUAUCUAAGGAUAAAAAUUAAAAUUGUUUCAUUUUAUGAAUGAUUCUAAGUCUAGAAAAAUAAAAUUAAGUACAAUACCAUUCUAAAAUUCAAUUAAAACUAGAGGAGAAACUAUGAAAUUAAAAACCUGCAUGACAGAAUUACUCAGUACAUAAAGAAGUCCAAC